AUGAACAGCAACAAUGUUGUUGAGGUUCACAACAAGAAGAGGGUUUCAACCCAGAACCCUUCAACAAGGAGGCAACCCUCUUGCAAAUACAGAGGUGUUCGACAGAGGAAGUGGGGGAAAUGGGCUGCAGAGAUUCGUGACCCGUUCAAAGGUGCCCGUCUCUGGUUAGGCACUUACAACACUGCUGAAGAGGCUUCUCAAGCCUAUGAGAACAAGAGGCUCGAAUUUGAAGCCAUGGCAAAGGCUCUUGUACCCAACAAUGGUCGGUCUUCUGUUAAGGGUUCUGCUUCAAACUCUUCCUCUUCUGCUGCUGUAGGUGCUGUCAGUGCUGCUGCUCCUGCUGCUGAAGGUUCUGCAUCAGAGAAAUCAUCUUCUGGUGCUGAUGUUUCUGAUAGCAUGUUCUCACACCCAUCACCUUCCUCUGUGCUUGAUGUGGAUGCCUCAGCUAACAAUUUGAUUGAGAAUGGUGAUAGUUCUAGUAAUGAAGCUUCUGAUGCUGAGGCCACUGAGGCCUAUGACAUGGUUGCUGAAUUGGCUGGUCUAGAAAUACCAGACUUGAGUCUUCUGACCUUGCCUCCUUCACAACCACCAACUGUUGCUGAUGCUGUUGUUCCAACUGGCUCUGAGCCAAACCCUGUGCUUGAUUUUGAUUUCAUAUUGAUUGUCUAG